AACGUCAGUGACAGAGGAAAACAUGCAAUUAGUGAAUUUAUUGAUAAGAGUUCAUCAAUUAGAUCCCACGAUAGCUAUCAUUACCCGAGGUUCCCGUUGAAAAAGAGUGAAAGUCUUGAUCGAUGAGUGAAAACAAAGUUGGGGGCAUCCAAGGGUUUAUGUGACUCACUUCUAAGAGGGGUUAUAAAGAAAUUGCGUAUUGAGGAGUUGGAGAGUGAAAAGCCGGCAGCAACAAUCAGACAGACUGAAAUUUGAAGCUCGUCAUUUAAUUGACUUUGCAAGCCUAAAAAACGAGUGAAAAUGGUAAUGAUGAACACCUGUUGUGGGAUUCACAGAGUACGAAGAAUGGCGAUAUUUGCUGGCAGAGAGAUGCACCACAGUUGCAAGGUUUUAGUCGUUGGAGGGGGCACAGGGGGCUGCACAAUGGCUGCUAAAUUGGCGAGGAAAUUCGACAAGGCCCCGAAUCAUGUGAUUGUCGUUGAACCCAGUGAGAUUCACUACUAUCAGCCCAUGUUCACACUGAUCGGAGGUGGAUUGAAGAAGUUUCAGUCGUCUAGGCGAUUCAUGGGUGACGUUUUACCCAAAAAAGCUCAAUGGCUGAAGGACAGUGUGAUGUCGUUUGAGCCGGAAUCUAACAAAGUUACAACCAGCAAUGGGGACACAAUACAGUAUGACCUAAUGAUCGUUGCCAUGGGAUUGCAGCUUUACUGGGCCAAGAUUCCUGGGCUGGUGGAUGCCCUGAGAGACCCGGACUCCCAGGUAUGCUCGAUUUACGGACCAGAGACAGUUCAGGGGGUCUUCGACAAAAUGAAAAAAACAACUAGGGGUCCAGGGGUAUUUACAUUCCCACAUACACCUGUCAAGUGCCCAGGGGCGCCCCAGAAAAUCGCGUACAUCGCUGAGGACUUCUGGACGAGAAAAAAUCAUCGCAAAGACAUUGAAGUUAUCUACAACACCUCUCUUCCCGUAAUUUUCGGAGUGAAGAAGUACGCAGAUGCCCUGUGGGGUGUCUGCGAAAGACGAAACAUCAGAGUCAACCUUCAGACCUCGCUGACAGAGAUAAAUCGCGACAAGAAGGAAGCUGUUUUCGAGAAUCUGAAGAAUCCUGGGGAGAAAAUCACUCAACAGUAUUCAUUUCUACACGUUUGUCCACCUAUGGGACCUCCAGAUGUCCUCAAGAAUCAUCCAGUUUUGACUAAUGAGGCUGGAUUCCUAGCUGUUGAUGCUAAAACCUUGAGGCACAAUCGGUUUAAUAAUAUUUAUGGUAUUGGAGACUGCACUACUACCCCGAAUUCUAAAACAAUGGCUGCAAUAGCAUCACAAGCUAAAGUGCUGCAUCAGAAUAUCCUGGACGAUUUGAAAGGAAAAUCCUUGCAAGGAGUCUACAAUGGAUAUGCCUCCUGUCCACUGGUGACAGGUCCUGGCAAGUGUAUUCUAGCCGAAUUUGAUUAUAAUCUACAGCCACUGGAGACAUUCCCUGUUGAUCAGAAGAAUGAAAUGUGGAUAAUGUAUUUUAUGAAGAAGGAAUUCUUCCCGUUUUUGUACUGGAAUUUUAUGUUGAAGGGUUACUGGAAUGGUCCAGAGUUCAUCAGAAAACUCCUGAAAGUCUUCAAAAAGUCGUCCUAGACCCGGAGAAUAUCUCAUCACUCAGCAUUAAUUGUUAACAUUUUAAUCGUGUACAUAAUGCAAUAAAUUUUGAUAAAUAUUUGUUA